AUGGCGCCCAAACAACGUGCCGCUAAGUCCGACUCUUCCAAAAUGAACAAGAGCGACGACAGGUCAGAUGGUUUUUGUUUGGAAAUGAGCUCCAGCGACGACGAGGCCCCCGAAGAGGUCACCUUUGAGGACUCCAAGGCCCAGGCGCUGAGGAGCGUCGAGCUGGCGCUAAAAGACGCGAGAAGGGAGAAAGAUUUGCUAAAGGAGAAGAGGAAGAAGCGGCAGGAACUAUUCCAGGAACAGAAGAGGAGGAAACUUCUUUCCGCUGAACUUCUGGAAGAAAUUGACGCAUCAGAGAAGCAAAGCCAGCAAGAAGCCGGGGACGUCCCUCAAGAUGACAUGCGACAGGAGACGAAACGCAGGAAGAAAAAAAGACUUCAUCACUCUAAAAAACUUAAGGCUAACUGCAAGGUGACGAUGGCAAAGAAUCAAGCGUCGGCGUCUUUCCAGCAGAAGGCUGCCGAAGAUUUCUUACAGUCGCGGCUUUACGGCGCCGGAAGUUGCCGUGUCACCAGCACUCAGCUGCUGUCCCUUCAAAAUAAGACCGCGAGGACCAAAGGUGCAGCAAUUGAUUUCGUCAAGAGCCAAUGGGCUCUAAAGCAAAAGAGCAAAGCGGAGAAGUUGAACCUCAGGUGGAUACGCAAGCACGUUCCUUCCAGCUGA